AUGAGCAGGAGAAGCGACGAGCCAUUUCUGGGCGUCGUCCCAUUUGGAAGGGAAGCUCCUCCGUGGGGGUUCAACGCCGGCGGCGGAGGAUUUCCUUCCGGCCGAGAAAGGAAACGACUUUACAAAAUCGGAGCUGGAGCUGGGACUGAAGAGCGUAGAAAUAGAGGAAUGCAGAAAGAUAGGCGGAACAGGGGCUCAAGCAAAUGUAGUGGGAGAGAUGGAGAAGGAGAAGAAUUGAAGAGUGGUUCCAAGAGCGGGAGACUGACUGUAGGUCUUCUGCUGGUCUGGUCCGGUCUUUAACAGUGAGUGGCAUGAAUCUUGGUGAAGGAAGGGAAAAGGAAAGGAAGGCGAAAAAGUUAGUCAGGCGUUGCUGCAUCAAAAACAGAGUAUUCAGUGACAGUGAAGUGAAGGCCGCUUUCUCUCUUUCUUUCUUCUGCAUUUGGGAACCCUAUUCAAAUU